AUAAUUUUGUGCAUAAUAAAGCACUUCUAAUUAUCAAGGAUACUGAAUAUAUUUUUCCAUUAUAAAUAAAAUUCUAUCGGUGAUUUUCAAAAAAAAGUUACAUAAAUAAAUGAUAAUAUUAUCUACUAUUAAUACGAUAGAAAUUCUGACCCAUAUUAAUUUUAUUUAACUCAAAUUACGUUUGGACCACUGCACUGGAUCUGGAGUGAAUGCAUAUCACAACGUUGCUGACAUACCUAUACCAUUUUUAAUUAUUAUUAUACCUUAUUACAUUUAUAUAUAUUGAUAAAAAAAAACUGCAACUAACGUUUAAAUAUCUUGGGAUAAUAGCCGACUAUUUUCAAAGAGUAUAACAAAUGUUUUUAAACAGAUUCCAGGGUUCAUUUUCAAUUUUAGAAAUUUACCUAUAUUAAAUUAAAUUUUGAUUAAUAAUGGAUGACGACGCAAUUGACAAGUUUACGGGACAAUCGUUUUAUGAUGGUAAUGAAAAAACACCUUUGUACAGUAAAGACAAGAAUGAGAAAACUACAUUAAAUUUAAUCGUAGCUUUUUGUAUUGUGUUUUGUAUUGUUAUUCUAAUUGUUUUAUUGAUCCAUAUUCAUCUUGGUUCACAUCAAUUAACACCUCAUGGAAGUGUGGCUAGUGAUGAUGCUGAAUGUAGUCAACAUGGUGUCGAAAUAUUAAAAUUGGGUGGAAAUUCUGUAGAUGCAGCUAUUACAACUGCUUUGUGCUCAUCUGUUGCUUUUCCUCAUCUUUCAGGUCUAGGAGGAAAUGGUGUAAUGUUAAUCUAUGACCAUCGCACUGGAAAAGGAAAUGUAGUUGAUUUUUUAGCUACACAAAGCUCUCAUCCUUCUAUUGGAAUUCCUGGCUUUUUGGCAGGACUAUAUUAUUCUCAUUCUAAAUAUGGAAAGCUUUCCUGGAAAACACUGGUUCAACCUUCCAUAGAGCUUGCUAAAAAUGGUAUUAAAGUAACAGAAAGUUUACUUGAAUCAAUAAACCAACAAACUUUGGAAUCAUUUAAAGACGAUGCUUUAAAAAAAUGGCUUACUAUUGUAACUACUUGUAAACCUGGUGAAAUAAUUAAAGCACCAGAUGGUCUUUUAAAUACAUUAAUUUUGAUUUCUACACAUGGCCCAAAUGCUUUUUAUAAAACCAUGAGCAAUGAACUGUCCUAUUUAGUAAAUUCAAAUGAAAUACAAAGCUACAAAGUCUUAGAUUAUCCAACUAUUCAGCAAGGCUAUAUGAGUUAUAAUAUUAUAACUUCAUCGAAAGGUACUGGUGGACCAAUCUUUUUUGAAAUAUUAAGUACAUUAAAUAAUACGAAUAAUGAAGAUAUUGUUGUAUCAAUAGCUAAUAAUUUUAAGGGUUUUGAUGAUACAUGGUUUGAAAAUACUGGAUUGCAAAUUUCUACUACAGAUAUUAAUGACUUAUACGUAACAACUAUUAAUGGUCUUGGUGCAAUUUUUGGUUCUGGUAUUCUUACAUCUUCAGGUUAUAUAUUAAACAAUGCAUUGGAAAUUUCUAUUGAUUACGAAAAAGAUAAUUCAACUAGACCUACUUCAUUAUUUUUACCAUUUAUAGUUGUUGAAAAGGAUAGAAUAUGUGGCAGGAGAUUAAUAUCAGGAUCAGCAGAUGUUCGUGAUGGAGCUCAAAUACUGUUGCAAUUAUUGAAAAUUAAUCCUCAAAAUAUAGUAGAUAUAAAUUCAACACCACGUGUUCGAUUAAAUGGUAAUAAUGUUGGACUAGAGUUUCCAAAUAGUUUUCCUAAAAAACUGGAAAGUUUAUUAAGUUAUGCUGGUUUUAAUAUAUCUGAAGCUUUUUUACCUUAUCCAACUUCAAAUUUAAUUCAAAAAAUAGAAGAUUUAUCAUUUGGUUUAUCAGAUUCAAGAGGAUCAGGUAUUUCUUAUACCAUUUAGAUUUUAGUUGUGACCAUUGUGAUAAUUCUUAAAUUUCAAUUAAAAUUUUGUAUUUAAAAUAUUUUUUUUUAUUUUAAGUUUUAAUGAUUUAUAUUUUUAUAAUAAAAAUGUAUAAAUAAAUAAAUAUAAAUAUGUAUAAUUUUUUUAUAUUUAGUUGAU